CCAAAUUAUAAUCAUUGAGUAAUUAUAAGAAGACUUAAUGAAGCUUUUUGCUAAAAUAACAAAAACGUAUUUACCAAAUUAUAAUUAUACCCAACUCUUUUACUUGCACAAACACUACAUCACAAGCAGUAAAUUUGCCCAAACUUUUGACAUCCAUAUAAAAGGCCACAGCAGUGAAAAAACCAACAGUGCUGGAAUACUAAAUGGGCAUGAUUUAGUUCACAAGAUUCGAGAAUGUACGAACUCGGGUCUUUAUAGCUAUGGACAACAGCUUCAUUGCUACAUUUUGAGAUCUGGGUUCACUUUGGAUAUAUAUGUUUCCGCUGCAUUGAUCAAUUUUUAUGUUAAAAUGGAUCUAGUAGAAAAUGCACAUCAACUGUUUGAUGAAAUUCCUGAACCAGGAUUAGUAGCUUGGAACUCGUUGAUUUCCGGGUAUGUUCAUUCGGGUAUGUUUCGUAAGGCUUUAAGUUUGUUUGUUAAGCUAGAAAGUUCGAGUCUUUGUUCGGAUUCUUACACGUUUACUACGAUUUUAGCUGCUUGUGGGCAGCUAAGUUUAAUGCAUUUAGGGAAGUGUGUUCACUCCAAGAUUGUUAAGUUUGGUGUGGAAUGUAGUACUUUUGUAUCAAAUUGUUUGAUCGAUAUGUAUGGAAAAUGUGAGUGUGGUGAAGGUGCAAUCAGGGUUUUCGAUCAAAUGUGGUUCAAAGACACGUUUUCUUGGAAUUCAGUUAUAUCUGCGAGUAUUAGAAACCAAAGAAUCGAACAAGCAUUUGAAUUUUUGAAUAGAAUGCCAAACCCUGAUACGAUAUCCUACAAUGAGAUGAUUAGUGGCAUUGCACAGUUUGGGAACAUAGAACAAGCAAUCGGGAUUCUAUCAAGAAUGCCAAACCCGAAUUCAUCUUCAUGGAACUCGAUUCUAACAGGUUAUGUGAACCGAAACCGCCCAAGAAAUGCCCUUGAAUUCUUCUGUAAGAUGCAUUUGAAUGGCUUACAAAUGGACGAGUUCACAUUUUCAAGCAUUUUAAGUGGUGUGGCACGCCUUGGAGCACUUACAUGGGGGACUUUGAUCCAUUGUUUUGUUGUGAAGCACGGUUUUCAUGAAUCUGUAGUCAUUGGCAGCGCGCUGAUCGAUAUGUACUCUAAAUGUGGAAAUGUAAAGACCGCGGAAUUCUUAUUUGAAUCUUUACCCAGUAAAAAUUUGGUGACUUGGAAUGCUAUGAUUUCAGGAUUAGCUCACAAUGAGAAUUCGACCAAAGUGAUAAAAGUAUUUGAGCAAUUGAAGGAAAAGAAAGAUCUACUACCAGAUGGGAUCACAUUUCUGAAUGUUCUAUUGGCUUGUUGGCAUAACAAGACUCCAUUAGAUGUAGCAAACCGAUACUUUGAAUCAAUGAUACAGGAUUACAAAAUAGAUCCAACGGUUGAGCAUUGUUCAUGUAUGAUUCGGCUUAUGGGUCACGAAGGGGAAGUUUGGAGAGCUGCAGAGAUGAUAAACCGCCUAGGGUUUGAGCCGUGUGGAAAUGUUUGGAGGGCAUUGCUUGCAGCUUGUGCAAUCUGUGGGGAUUUGGAAGUUGCUAAAAUUGCAGCUAAGAAAGUGAUUGAUCUUGAAGGGGAUGGCGAAUAUGUUUAUGUUAUGAUGUCAAACAUAUAUUCACUCUUUGGUAAGUGGGAAGAUGCGAGAGCAAUGAGGAAGAUGAUGAGAGACAACAAGAUGAUCAAAGAGGCUGGUUAUAGCUGGAUUGAGAUUGGAGGUGUUGUUUCAACCUCCUCCUCUUUGUAAUGAUGUUAUAGUUUUUUAAUCCUACACAUUAAAAUUAUAUAUAAAAUCUAAAAUUGUUGUUCAGAAA